UCAUUUUUCUCUACGCACAAUCAGCAGCCUUUGUUAAAACACCACCUCGACUCCACAACCCGCCAUGGCUCACCACCAACCACCCCUCCACCAACCCAGCUUCCGCACGAGUCCCACACACGUGGGCUCCUCCAAAUCCCGCCCGAUGUACGGCAGCCGCGGCCUCGCAGACCGCGCCUACAACGCCGCAAACCCGCAAAACAACCUCAUCAACUCGGACCUCGCCCACCGCGUAAAGCGCAACCUCGACCUCCAGCACCUCUGGACUGAGCUCUCGAUCCACAGGGUCCCCGUGCUUGCGCCUGACGCGUUUGAGUUCUUGGACGGCGGGGAAUUGGUCUUUGUCCUCGGGCGGCCGGCGGAUCGGUUGUACGCGACUGACGAGUACGACGAAGACGGGUUGCCGGUUCAUGAAUGGAUUCUCCCUGUCCGCACAGAGUCAACCUGGAGUAUACAGCGGACGGUCGCUGUCUUUGAGAGCUUGGAGGCGUAUACGCGGGCUCCGGUCAAGAGGGUCUUGAUGGGCAUGUACACGGAUGACUCGACGGUUGUGUACUAUUUUGUGCAUAAAGGGCUGAUAAAGCCUCGGAAGCAUGGCUGAAUUUUUUAUCCAGCUUGUCUGCAUUCUGGUUUCAUUGCAUUGCAUUAGGUGGCGUUAUUUGAUG